GCAUAAUGUGUUCCAUUUAAGAAGAGCAACAAAGCGAUUUUGGAAAGCGUUAUGAGAUUUUUUUAUCUUUCUCUCUCUCCCUCUGCGUUUAUAAAAUCCUCCACCUACAUGUAUGACAACGGCGCAACCUUCUGCGACACAGCAUGGAAACAGCAGAAAAAUCCGCCACAACAUCUGAUACAACACAACACACGCCGAUCGCCUUUCGAUGUGAACUUUGUGGUUUGAAUGAAAGCUGCGAUUAUCGGGGCCGUCGACCACCAUUUGCCAGCAAAAUUGAACUACUCGAAGAGUGUUAUGUAAUGCGCGAUCCGUUCGCACCACCACCACAAGCCGUACCCGAUAAACCGGCGUGCGAACACUAUCUAGUGCUGGGUGCGGAUUGUAAUCUCUGCCGGAGGACGGUCUGUAAAGCGAGUGAGUGCAGUUUUUUCUACGGUGCUACCUUUUGCCGGUGUUGCUGUAUGCAACGGGUGCAGGAAUUUCCGCUCGAAGUGCGAAGCAAAAUAAAGAAACAGUUCGCAUAGCUACCUUAGCAGGGAUUAAACUGUCGCUUCGCUUAUGUUAUUAUUAUGUUUUUAUUACAUUACUACUCUCUCAAGCGAAACAACAUUUACUGCAUUUGCUGAAUGUCCAACAAACGGUUCACCUAU